AUGCCGACCCAAACCUCGAACUCGGACUCUGCGACGAGUCCGGCAGAGAUACCGAGACCUUCAACCUCAGGACCGACGUCUUCGGCAACCCGGAAGUCACGCCGAUAUGGAUUUGCUUGCUCCAGCUGCAAAUCCCGCAAAGUCAAAUGCAGUGGACACCGGCCCAUCUGCACUGGGUGUCGCCGGUCAGGCGAGGAGUGUGUCUGGCCGGCGCCCACCACGGCGGAAUCCCGACUACGCGAAGCCAACGCCCGAAUUAGAAGCCUAGAAGCUUCAAUGAGAGAGCCUGAAAAUGAAACAUCUAGGUCUCCGAGCACGAACCAGAGGCAUGAGACAUACACACCCCAGACAAAUGCAACGUCGGAUUCUACCCAUGGACCAUCAAACGACGGCAGUCGGGCAACAGCUACCACAGAACCCGACGGUGAGGGCUCUUUGUGGUUCCAGGUUGGCAUUGGAGAGGAUGGAGCAGUCAUCUACAAUGGCCCUACAAGUCGUUUCCACGCCGGGGCUCUGGAGGAAGACAAUCUUAACGAGGCGAGCGACCCAAUACGGGGCCACAUCGAAACCUUGCAGUCCCAGUACGCUCUAAUGGACUCCGUCUGGCUGCCUCUUAUUGCUGCCAAGCCAGGAAUGAAUGGGACAGGAGUAGAUGCAACCACUGGUAUGGCCCUGCUAGACAUCUACUGGUCAUGGUUGCACCCUUUGCAUAGCUGCGUCUACAGGCCUAUUCUAAUGAUGGAUCUGGCACUGGGAGGCCCAUACUGCUCUGACUUUCUGUUACUAUGCAUCUUUGGGUUGGCAGCGAGGCACUUGCCUGAAGAAGCUUCUGAUACCUCCGGUGUCAGCAAAGGAGAGCGCUUCAUCGCUCGUGCUCGAGAGUUACUCCUCCAAGAGAUGGCAGCAACGAAACCAGCCAUACCUACCAUUCAGGGGCUGUUGAUUCUGGGUGGCAGACAAUGCGCUACGGGAAAGAGCUCCGAAGGAUGGCUUUACACUGGUAUGGCCAUCCGCAUGAUGAAAGACAUUGGUCUUCACCUUGAUAUUACUAAGUUGUCGAGGCUGGAGCGAUGGACACCGGCCGAGAUCGAGACUCGCAAGCGAUUGUACAACUCCGCGUACAUAUGGGACAAGACUCUGAGCCUCGCCCUCGGGCGUCCUCCCUCAUUGACAAGACGUCCAUACCCUGCUCAAGAAAUACUGGAUAAAGUUGACGAUCAACGCCUCUGGAAGCCGGUCCACGCCACUGAGGUUUCCGAGAACUAUGUUCUUUUGCCUUCUUGGACUACAUCAACGUUUUGCGCUUUUUGUCAUCUACAUGAAAUCACAACAUCCAUGAUGUUAUUGUUCUCUAGUCUGACCAAAAAUGACGAGUUUGCCUCUCAGAUUGCAGACAUUGAUAGCAGAAUCCAUGAAUGGUAUGAUAGCAUGCCUGCUGCUCUGAAGAUAGAGGAUAUCUCUGGCUUGAGACAAAGUCCGCCGCCGCAUAUUGUUUCCUUGAAUCUUCUUUACCAUGCCCUUCAUAUCCUUCUCAGGCGACCCUAUCUCAGUUCUUCAGACAAGGACCUGAAAGAGCGAAGCAUGAAAGUUUGCAUCGAACACUCGAAGAAGAUUCAUGCCAUUCAUUCUUUGUACUCCCAAACGUUUCCUCAUAGGCUGAUGACCUAUCAAGUCAGCUACUGCAUCUAUACCGCAGCAACUGUUGAGACGGAAGAGUUGAAAAGAGCAACGACACAACAAGACCGAGAAGAUGCUGCAGCGCGUCUUGCAGCCGCAUUCAGAAUUCUGCAGAAGGAAGCCUCGCAUACACCUGGCAGCGGGCGGAGUCUGGACACUAUCCGAAGACUCUUGAGUACGGGACAGCCUUCAAGAAACGGCGGGCAUGAGAAGACACCCAUGCCGAGGAAUCACUUGCAACAGCCCAGCCAACGACAACCCCGCACGACGAAUACCGAGAGUAACGGAAGCGGGUACGCCAACGGUAACGGCGGGCUUCUUGGCUCAGCCCCAGGCCAAUUCUCCGCAUCAGCCGAUUCAUCUGCAACAAACAACAACUCGCUCUUCCCCCCAAAUGACGGCGGAGUAUGGAAUGAUGACAUUGGAUACGGUGGUACGGACACUGGCGCCGGAUUUCAUCCCGACGCCUUCCCUUGGGGGGUUGCCGGCUUAUCGACGUUCUCUGGUGCCGGCAUGUUGUGGCCGUCGUUAUCGAAUGCCGAGAGCUUCCAAUGA